UAAAAAGGCGUUGUUUGGUUAAUCCAGCUGUGUAAGAACUACAUAAGAAGGCUUAAUAAACUGGAGAACUUUAACAUGUACUCAAACAAACUUGAAGGACCAAGGAGAGGAAGAUCUUUUGACUCCAUGAACAUAGGCAUUGAGGAGAAGCUGCUGAACAAUGAGAUAAACAAAUCAACCUUCACAAAAAUCGAAGAGAACAUUGAAAAGAAGAAUACAUCAGAAAAAGGGAGAGCAACAAUCAUCUUUUCCCUCAAGAAUGAAGUGGGAGGGCUUGUAAAAGCACUCAAACUCUUCCAAGAGAACCAUGUCAACCUUGUACACAUUGAGUCCAGAAAAUCCAAAAGACGCAACUCUGAGUUUGAAAUUUUUGUGGACUGUGACAGCAACCACGAACAACUGAAUGAAAUCAUCCAUCUGCUUCGGAAGCAUGUGAAUGUGGUGGAUAUGGAUCCUCCAGAUAACUCCUGCCUACACGAGGAAGAUAUGUAUGAUGUACCUUGGUUCCCAAAGAAAAUUUCCGAUUUGGAUAAAUGUGCAAACCGUGUCCUAAUGUAUGGUUCUGAGCUGGAUGCUGACCAUCCGGGUUUCAAGGACAAUGUCUACCGGAAAAGGCGAAAGUACUUUGCUGAUCUUGCUAUGGCCUUCAAACAUGGGGACCCCGUACCUCGUAUUGAAUUCACAGAGGAAGAAGUAAAGACUUGGGGUGUUGUGUAUAGGGAGCUCAACAAGUUGUAUCCCACCCACGCCUGCCGGGAAUACUUGAAGAACCUGCCGUUGCUGUCCAAAUACUGUGAAUGUCGAGAGGACAACAUCCCUCAACUGGAAGAUGUUUCGCGCUUCCUCCGAGAACGAACUGGAUUCACCAUCAGACCUGUGGCAGGUUACUUGUCCCCACGCGACUUCCUCGCUGGUUUGGCCUUCCGUGUGUUCCACUGUACUCAGUAUGUGCGGCACAGCUCUGACCCCUUAUACACCCCUGAACCGGACACAUGCCAUGAACUGCUGGGUCACGUCCCACUGCUAGCAGAGCCCAGCUUUGCCCAGUUUUCUCAGGAGAUCGGUCUUGCUUCACUUGGGGCCUCAGAUGACUCAGUUCAAAAACUGGCCACUUGCUAUUUUUUCACGGUUGAGUUUGGCCUAUGCAAACAAGAAGGGCAACUGCGGGCAUAUGGAGCUGGAUUGCUGUCAUCCAUCAGUGAGCUUAAGCAUGCACUCUCUGGAAAUGCAAGGAUAAUGCCUUUUGACCCAAAAGUUACAUGCAAGCAAGAAUGCAUCAUAACAACAUUUCAGGAUGUCUACUUUGUGUCAGACAGCUUUGAGGAGGCCAAAGUGAAGAUGAGGGAGUUUGCCAAGACCAUCAAGCGUCCCUUCACAGUUCGAUACAACCCUUACACCCAGAGCGUCGAUGUCCUAAAAGACACUCCCAGCAUCAACAGUGUGGUGGAGGAGCUCCGCCAUGAGCUGGACAUUGUGGGGGACGCUCUCAGCCGGCUGAACAAGCAGCUGGGCGUCUGACGACCCACAGUUCAGCUGGAGUUAGCCACCUGAAGCCCACGUCCACACUUGCUGUGUCCUCCCCAGCACCACUGUAGAGAUUUUGCUUGUGUAUUGCUCUUUGUCAGUGUAAUGAAUGUGCAUCUUGUUUUAGGUUGUCUCUACUGUAUGGUAUAUGACUGACACUAUCUACUUAGCCAUUAAUGUCAGGACAAUUCACAAACCCAAAGAGCUGCUUAAGCUGAGGCACAAUUUUUGCUUCCAUUGUACUUGGAUGUAUUAGAUUCUGUAUUGCAAACCAUCAACGUGCUUUCAUGGUAUACUUCAGUGUAUAUUUAUAACAAUCACAGCUGUUGCAAACGUCUACAUGGUUUAUUUUUACUGUCAACUCUGCAGUCGUGUGUUUUGUUAUCUGAUUUUUCCUUUUUCUUUUGUAAGUGAUUUCACUCUUCUUCACGUUUACUUUUCUUGACUUCAGUGAUGCGUAUGAAAUGUAUCUUGUUUGUAUUCUUUUGGUGUAUGUAACAUGUUUCUCUUUUGUGUACUACUGACAAAAAUUAUGAAAGUUACAACUAUAACUAGUGUUAUAAGAAGGCUUUCAUAAUUGAUUAUGACAGAUUUGGCCCAUGUAAGCAAUUUAUCUUACAGUGAUGAUUUUGAAUACCUCUGCUUAAAGUGAAUAUAAUUGUAGUACUCUGGAAAUCAAAAUAUUAUUUUUCUACUGUAAAAAGAAAAUAUAGAUAUAAGAAGUAGAUUGUGUAUCAAACUAUAAAAAAUAUUUAAUA